AUUCACUUCGAACUGCAAGUGGGGCCCAUGGCGACAUCGGCGGCGGCGGCGCAGCAGCAGAAGGCGGCGGCGGCGGCGGAGCAGGAGGAGGUGGAGCACGGGCCCUUCCCCAUCGAGCAGCUCCAGGCAUCUGGAAUAGCUGCACUUGACGUGAAAAAGCUCAAAGAUUCUGGUCUCCACACUGUAGAGUCUGUGGCUUACACUCCAAGGAAAGAUCUUCUGCAAAUCAAAGGGAUUAGUGAAGCCAAAGUUGACAAGAUAAUUGAAGCAGCAUCGAAGAUAGUUCCAUUGGGAUUUACAAGUGCCAGCCAACUUCAUGCGCAGCGGCUGGAGAUUAUUCAAGUUACAACUGGAUCAAGAGAGCUUGAUAAGAUCUUGGAGGGCGGAAUAGAAACAGGAUCCAUCACAGAGAUAUAUGGUGAGUUCCGUUCUGGAAAGACUCAGUUGUGCCACACUCUUUGUGUUACAUGUCAGCUUCCAUUGGACCAAGGUGGUGGUGAAGGAAAGGCUCUAUACAUUGAUGCGGAGGGUACGUUCAGACCACAAAGGCUCCUCCAGAUAGCUGACAGGUUUGGAUUGAAUGGUGCUGAUGUGUUAGAGAAUGUGGCUUAUGCCAGAGCUUAUAAUACAGAUCAUCAAUCGAGACUGCUGCUGGAGGCAGCUUCCAUGAUGAUAGAGACCAGGUUUGCUCUCAUGAUUGUAGACAGUGCCACAGCUCUGUACAGAACUGAUUUCUCAGGAAGAGGGGAGCUAUCGGCGAGGCAAAUGCAUAUGGCUAAGUUCCUGAGGAGCCUUCAGAAGUUAGCAGACGAGUUUGGAGUAGCUGUGGUUAUCACCAAUCAAGUAGUAGCACAAGUGGAUGGAUCUGCAAUGUUUGCCGGACCACAGAUCAAGCCCAUUGGUGGAAACAUCAUGGCUCAUGCUUCCACGACAAGGCUCGCUCUUCGCAAGGGACGAGGGGAGGAGCGAAUCUGUAAAGUAAUAAGCUCCCCCUGCCUGGCUGAAGCAGAAGCAAGGUUUCAGCUAGCAUCUGAAGGCGUUGCAGACGUCAAGGAUUGAGGCCAUCUCCGCUUACGGGCCACAGCUUCUUCAGAUCCAUCUCUGCUUUGUCAUCACUUGGGUCAACUGAUGCGUUGCCCCUCCUUGAUGUACAACACUUGCUUUCGCAGAUGGGAAUGCACAUCUGUGAUAUUGUAGAGUGUUGACAGUGUCGUUGUUGUACAAAACGAUGUAUGUCCUGCAUUGCAUGUAAUGUGACGUCUGCUACAAAUACUGAAUCAAUUCUAGUUCUGCUGAA